GACUAUCCGCACUAGGAAGUUUGGCGGGAGCCGCUGCUGGUAUUGCCAAGGCCGUGAAUUCAGCAAAAGCCAGCAGAAAGGCUUCAAUGGAAGCCAAUCGCCACAAUAAAGUUAUGGAGGCUGUAGCAUUGGGCAAACGCGGAAGUGGAAUAUACCUCAAACCGUACCGUAAAGGUAACAACCGAAUAGCUGCCGAAGCAGCGAAACAAGAAGCCUUGAACAAGGGAUUUCAAUCAGCCGUAGUCUCAACCGAAAUUGAAGGCGACGUAAAGGAAAUCGCUAGAAUUUAUGCUCAAUUGGCAUGCAACAUGACUUCCGUAAUUAACAACUCAAGUAACAAGGACAAACUGAAAGUUUUUCUAGAAACUUCCACCAAGGAUUUGCGUGUCGAACAAGAUUUUAUUGGGGAAGUUCUCGAUAUGGAUUACUCGAGAGGGAUUUGUUUGAUCUUUGCAGGUGAGCCGACAGUCGUCGUAACUGGAAACGGCAAGGGUGGAAGGAACCAACAAUUAUCUCUAGCUUUUUUCGUCGAACUUAAUAAGCUUGAAAUAAAAUCGGCAGAUAUUUCAUUCCUUAGUUGCGGAACAGAUGGAAUAGAUGGACCAACAGACGCCGCCGGGGCAAUAGCAACUUUCGAUUCACUGGAAAAUACGCAGAAUAUUAACCCAGAAUCGUACUUGGAAAACAACGAUGCUUACGGGUUUUACGAAAUGUACAAUGAAGGGAAAAAUUUAAUCAAGAUCGGCCAUACUGGUACAAAUGUUAUGGAUCUUCAUAUCUUGGUCAUUAAGCCGGUAGGUUAAAUGAUCAAUAUUUGUAUAGGAGAAUAUAGACGUGAUUCAAAAAA